CAUUCCUUUUCUUUUCACAGACUUUAUUGUUCGUCGUUGACUUGUACGAUCGAAUCUUUGUCCUUCUUUCUUUUUUGGAGUGUGCCAUUGCAAUCGAGAGACCCGGUCGCUUUUGAAAGCUCUCUUUACCGAUUGGUGAAUUGACGUAUUGCUCACACGCAUUAUUACUGCCAUCGUGAUUGUACUUGACGUCACUCGCCACAUUGUAAACCGAUUAUUCCACGUUUCCACCGUCUUUCUUCGCUGUCGUGCGCUCCUUCCAUUCCUUGCCACUAUUAACUGUUCAGCAUGGGGAACCAUAAAAGUGUGCCAGUAGGCAGCAAAUCAUCCCAGACCAGUCGUGCCGCCAACAGCAUGAUUGAGAAGCAAAUCAAAAACGAUAAGAAACGGUUAAAGAAGGAAAUUAAGCUCCUAUUGCUAGGUGCAGGAGAAUCGGGCAAGUCCACAGUAUUGAAGCAAAUGCGGCUGAUUCACGCCGCCGGUUUCAAAGCUAUGGAACGCGAAGGGUUUCGUAACAUUGUGUUUAUGAACAUUUUCUCGGCCAUGCAGACCCUUUUUGAAGUCAUGGAGCAAUUGGAAAUAUCGUUGACCAACCAAGACCUCAGACAAUACGUUGACUUGUUUCAAGAGAUGCCCAUCAUUGAACAAGGACAGGCGUUCCCUGUAAUGUACCUUGAUCCUCUGCGCCAGCUUUGGGCCGAUGGCGGGAUUCAGACAGCGUGUAAGCGAGGAAAUACGUUCUCACUGCAAGACAACGUCACCUAUUUUUUCGAUCGACUGGACGUCGUCUUUCAGCCCAAUUAUUUACCUACAGAUCAAGACAUCAUCCGAUGUCGAGCCAAGACGACCGGCAUCACCGAAACCACUUUUCAAAUAGGGUCUUACACCUAUCGCAUGUUUGAUGUGGGCGGACAACGAAGCGAAAGAAAAAAAUGGAUUCAUUGCUUUGAAGGUGUAACUGCGGUUCUGUUUGUGGUUGCUGUCAGUGGCUACGAUCAAUGUCUGAUCGAAGACCGAGAUUCAAAUCAGAUGUAUGAAGCACUGCUUUUGUUUGAUUCCAUAUGCAAUUCCAGCUGGUUCCAUCGAACAUCAAUGAUUCUGUUACUCAACAAAAUUGACAUUUUCAAACGUAAAAUCACCUACUCGCCUGUAUCGCAUUAUUUUGCAGACUUUGAAGGGGAUGAUACCGAUUACAAUCAAACACGAACGUAUUUCAAAAAUCGAUUCGUGGGCUUGUGCCGAAAUCCUCAGAAACGGGUGUAUGCCCAUUAUACCGAUGCAACCGAUACCACGCUUCUCCGCCACGUCAUGAUGGCGGUUUCUGAUAUCAUUAUUAACGAGAACCUGGCCGCCAUCAUGCUCUAAUUCACAAAAAAAAGGACCAGCCCAUCGUUCGCACAGCGUAAUUCAUGUACCUCUCGCUCCACUGCUGCCUCUCUGGCUUUUUGUUUCCUCAAGGCCAAAGACAAAGCAGUCUAAUUUUAUUUAAAGAUUACUACACGUUUUUUUCCCUUCUUUAUGUCAUCGUACACCCCUACAGCCCCACUCUCAAAUUUGAUAAGCUUAUGCCAUCGACGUAUAGCGUUAAUAAUAUAGAUCCACUUUCCAUCAUCCGGCAUCUCAUCUACAAGCACUGUCUUUUGGUAAUUCAUG